AUGACAACGAUGAAGGUGCUACCAUGCCCUGCUGCUCUUCUCUUCCUAGUGGCUGCAUUCAGUCUGGAGCCAUCUCACUGUGCCAAGGUGUUGAUCAUGCCCACCAUAGUCUUUGACAGCCACUUGCGAGUCUUCAUGCGAGUGGCAGAGGCACUGACUGAUCGAGGCCAUGACCCUGUGUUGCUACUUCAUGAGGGUCGGGAUGUGGAAACCUACCUGCCCAGCUUCCGCAUGCAGAGGUACUGGGGUAUCUUCAGCACACAGAGUGCAGAUGCCUGGGUGCAGGAGAAGAUAAAGCGUGUCUUCCAAGGGAAGAUGACCUCUCUGGAGAUGUUUUCCUUUUUGGAGAAGUACCUGGAAAACUGUGACCUAGUGCUGGGAAACUCUACCCUUCUGCAGAAACUCCAGCAAGAGCACUUUGACCUGCUGUUGGUGGACCCCAAUGAGAUGUGCGGCUUUAUCCUGGCCCACAUUCUCCGUGUCAAAUAUGCUGUGAUCUCCACUGGUUUCUGGUUCCCAGCAGAGAUUGGUGCAACUUCCCCCAUUGCCUAUGUCCCCGAGUUCAACUCCCUGAUGACAGACAGGAUGAGCUUCUUUGGCAGGACUUGGAAUCUCCUAGUCUACAUGAUCACUCGUGUGGCCACAAAGCUGGUCAUCCUGCCCAAGUUUGAACGUCUCAUGGAGAAGCACAAAGUGGAGCCAAAGACAUCCAUGUUGGACCUUGUCCAUGGAACUAGCCUCUUCUUCCUCUGUAAUGAUGUGGUGCUGGACUUUCCCCGGCCAACGCUCCCCCAUGUCAUUUUCACAGGGGGAAUCCUUGCUGAGCCUGCAAAGCCCCUCUCAGUGGGUCUGCGUCUCUGGGUGGAAGCAGCAGAUGCAGGUGUUGUUGUUGUCUCCUUUGGCAUUGGGAUCCGAGCUCUCCCGAGUGACUUGGUAGAGAAGAUGGCUGGUGCGUUUGCUCGUCUCCCGCAGAGGGUGGUGUGGAGAUACUUUGGGCAGAAGCCAAGAAACCUGGGUGAGAAUACACUGAUGAUGGGGUGGCUGCCCCAGAACGACCUGCUAGGCCAUCCCAACGUGAAAGCCUUCGUCAGCCACUGCGGGAUGAACGGUAUAUUCGAGGCAAUUUAUCACGGUGUGCCAGUGGUAGGAUUUCCUUUCUAUGGAGACCAGUUUGACAUCAUGACCAGAGUGCAGGCAAAGGGCAUGGGUAUCCUCAUGGACUGGAGCAGAGUAAAAGAGGAGGAUCUUUACCAGGCCAUCAUCACAGUUAUCUCUGACCCCAGCUACAGAAAAGCGGCCAAGCUCAUCUCAGCUCUGCACCUGGACAGACCAAUGCAUGCUCUCAACAGGACAGUGUACUGGCUGGAGUACAUCCUUCGUCACAACGGGGCACCGUAUCUUCGCCCUGCUGUCUACGACCUCUCCUUAUACGAGUACUUCUGCCUGGACAUCUUGGCUCUUCUCUUGCUGUGUCUGGCCAGUAUUGGAUUCAUCCUCUACAAAUCCAUGGUGUGGUGCAGAAGGAAGGGGGCCAGCCCUGUGUAUCAGAAUGGCAAUUGCAUGAAAGGCCACUUCACAGAAGAGAAGAAAUUGCAGUAG